AUGGCUGGUAGUAGUUCAUACAAGUCGGAUCCUGGGCCACUUGAACCAUCUAUAUUAACUGAACAACUCACUCAUAGGUCACGGGAUAUAUGGGAUGGAAGUGUUGAUAUGGCUCUUAAUACGAGAAAGAGUGAUGGAGGUUUUUACAAGCUCGUAGAAAAAUAUCCUAUCCAUCCACGAGUUUUAGAAGUGAUUAAAUUAUCUGGAUUGUAUGGUGUUUAUAGAUGUAAUAGGUCUGUUAUCGACCGUAGUUUGAUCACUUCAUUAGUUGAGCGGUGGCGUCCUGAAACACAUACUUUCCACUUUAGAACAGGUGAAGCAACUAUCACCUUGCAAGAUGUCGAUGUGUUGUAUGGAUUACCCGUGAAUGGUGCUCCGGUACUUGGUACUGAGACGACGAGAACUAUUAGAGAUUGGCAAAACAUUUGUUAA